AUGGGUGCCACGUUUGCUGAAAUGCUGAGGAAGAGCCCAGAAGCCAUGUCCACAGUCAACGAAGUUGCAGUGAAAGCAGUAACUUUACAGGAGACAGCAAGAUGUACGAAUCAGCUAAAGGAAAGGAAAAGAGCUGUAGCCGUGCGGCCCUGCACGACCAGCGGCCCUGCACGACCAGCGGCCCUGCACGACCAGCGGCCCUGCACGACCAGCGACCUGCACGACCAGCGGCCUGCACGACCAGCGGCCUGCACGACCAGCGGCCUGCACGACCAGCGGCCCUGCACAACCAGCGGCCUUCACGGCCAGCGGCCCUGCACGGCCAGCGGCCCUGCACGACCAGCGUCCUGCACGACCAGCGGCCCUGCACGACCAGCGGCCCUGCACGGCCAGCGGCCCUGCACAACUAGCGGCCCUGCACGGCCAGCGGCCCUGCACGGCCAGCGGCCCUGCACGGCCAGCGGCCCUGCACGGCCAGCGGCCCUGCACGACCAGCUGCCCUGCACGACCAGCGGCCCUGCACAACCAGCGGCCCUGCACGACCAGCGGCCCUGCACGACCAGCGGCCCUGCACGACAAGCGGCCCUGCACAACCAGCGGCCCUGCACAGCCAGCGGCCCUGCACAGCCAGCGGCCCUGCACGACCAGCGGCCCUGCACGGCCAGCGGCCCUGCACGACCAGCGGCCCUGCACGACCAGCGGCCCUGCACGACCAACGGCCCUGCACGGCCAGCGGCCCUGCACGACCAGCGGCCCUGCACGACCAGCGGCCCUGCACAACCAGCGGCCCUGCACGACCAGCGGCCCUGCACGACCAGCGGCCCUGCACGACCAGCGGCCCUGCACGACAAGCGGCCGUGCACGACCAGCGGCCCUGCACGACCAGCGGCCCUGCACGACCAGCGGCAAUGCACGACCAGCGGCCCUGCACGGCCAGCGGCCCUGCACGACCAGCGGCCCUGCACGACCAGCGGCCCUGCACGACAAGCGGCCCUGCACAACCAGCGGCCCUGCACGACCAGCGGCCCUGCACGACCAGCGGCCCUGCACGACCAGCGGCCCUGCACGGCCAGCGGCCCUGCACGACCAGCGGCCCUGCACGACCAGCGGCCCUGCACGGCCAGCGGCCUGCACGGCCAGCGGCCCUGCACGACCAGCGGCCCUGCACGACCAGCGGCCCUGCACAAUCAGCAGCCCUGCACGACCAGCAGCCUGCACGACCAGCGGCCUGCACGACCAGCGGCCUGCACGACUAGCGGCCCUGCACGACCAGCGGCCCUGCACAACCAGCGGCCUGCACGACAAGCGGCCUGCACGGCCAGCGGCCAGCACGGCCAGCGGCCCUGCACGACCAGCGGCCCUGCACGGCCAGCGGACCUGCACGACAAGCGGCCCUGCACGGCCAGCGGCCCUGCACGACCAGCGGACCUGCACGACCAGCGGCCCUGCACGGCCAGCGGCCCUGCACAACCAGCGGCCUGCACGAUCAGCGGCCUGCACGACAAGCGGCCUGCACGGCCAGCGGCGUGCACGGGCAGCGGCCCUGCACGGCUAGCGGCCCUGCACGGCCAGCGGCCCUGCACGGCCAGCGGCCCUGCACGGCCAGCGGCCCUGCACGGCCAGCGGCCCUGCACGGCCAGCGGCCUGCACGGCCAGCGGCCCUGCACGGCCAGCGGCCGUGCACAACCAGCGGCCUGCACGAUCAGCGGCCUGCACGACAAACGGCCAGCACGGCCAGCACGGCCAGCGGCCAGCACGGCCAGCGGCCAGCACGGCCAGCGGCCUGCACAACCAGCGGCACGCACGGCCAGCGGCCUGCACAACCAGCGGCCCUGCACGACCAGCGGCCCUGCACGACCAGCGGCCCUGCACAACCAGCGCCAUUGCACGACCAGCGGCCCUGCACAACCAGCGGCUCUGCACGACCAGCGGCCCUGCACGACCAGCGGCCCUGCACGACAAGCGGGCCCUGCACGACCAGCAGCCUGCACGGCCAGCGGCCUGCACGGCCAGCGGCCCUGCACGACCAGCGGCCUGCACGACCAGCGGCCUGCACGACCAGCGGCCUGCACGACCAGCGGCCUGCACGGCCAGCAGCCCUGCACGACCAACGGCCCUGCACGACCAGCGGCCUUGCACGGCCAGCGGACCUGCACGACAAGCGGUCCUGCACAACCAGCGGCCAGCACGACAAGCGGCCCUGCACGGCCAGCGGCCUGCACGACAAGCGGCCCUGCACGGCCAGCGGCCUGCACGGCCUAG